CACCGAGGAAACGUACACUCUCCGAGGAACGCGACGAGAUGCCAAAGGCGGGCUACUACGCCGUCGCGGUCGGCCGUACGCCAGGCAUCUACGGUACGUGGGCUGAGUGCCAGGCGCAGGUCACCGGAUUCCGGGCUGCACAGUUCAAGAAGUUCGGCUCUCAGAGGGAGGCGGAGGAGUUUGUGCGGCGGCAUCGCGCUAUCAAGUCUGAUGCGGCGGUCCCACUCGCGGGGACAUCAUCCGGCGGUAUGGUGUUGCCUAGUCGCGCCCAGUCCAAGCCGGACCGCGUCCCAGCCAAGAACAAGGGACGGACGCGUGGAAACUCUCCCAUCGCGGAGUACGCGGCCGCUGACACACUACCGGAGCGGUUCGCCAAGCUCGCCGCGCAGGGAUUCAUGUUCACAGCGACAAGUCCCCCGCGCCUCGUCGUGUAUACCGACGGCUCGGGAUUAUCAAAUGGGACGAGGAGGGCCUGCGCCGGAGCGGGAGUGUACUGGGGGGACGGGGAGGCAGCGCAGCACAACAUUGCGGAACGCGUCCCGGGAAAACUGCAGACGAACAACCGGGGCGAAUUGCUGUCUAUCAUCCUUGCACUCGAGAACUGUCCCUUCCCUGACAUCGACCUCGAGGUCCGCACCGACUCGCAGUAUUCGAUUAUGUCCAUGACCGUCUUCCUACCCACCUGGAUCAAGAACGGGUGGAGGACGCAGGCGGGGCCCGUAAAGAACGUGGACAUGAUCCGACACCUGCUCGUGCUUAUGCGCCGGCGCCAGGCGCCCAUGCGCUUCAAGCAUGUCCGUGGACAUAGUGGGCAUGCGGGCAACGACCGCGCCGACGAGCUCGCGCGGAGCGGCGCAGCCAUGCCCCCACUCCCAGAUCGCAGGACGUGGCUCGAUCCGGACGACGAGCCGGUCGAUCACAAGUCGGCAACCGACGUGGCGGCUGACAUCGACCCGGCAUGGCUCAUGAGCGAAGCGGAGAUGGAGGAGUAUGAGCGCUCCCUUGCGGAGGAGCAGUCGGAGUCGAGACAGGAGGCAUGACACGAAGCUGAACUCAGACUUAAAGUGGCUUCAGCCGUAUUAGAUCGGCAUACAUGCAGCAGAUGUGCCAUACCGA